AUGAAUGUUCACAGUAGCAGGUCUCAUACCAUCUUCAGAAUGGUGAUUGAGAGCAGGGGAAAAGAAAACUCUUCUACGAAUGCUAUCCGUGUCUCAGUCUUGAAUUUGGUUGACUUGGCUGGAUCCGAGCGUAUUGCUAAAACCGGUGCUGGUGGAGUGCGCUUGACAGAAGGGAAGUACAUUAAUAAGAGCUUAAUGAUUCUUGGUAAUGUUAUCAAUAAGCUAAGUGAAAGUUCAAAGCUAAGGUACUCUCUUACUCUUUCAUAUAGCUACAAUAAGCUCAUUUCUUACAUUCUUCUUGGUGGUAAUGCGAAGACUUGCAUUAUAUGCACUAUCGCACCCGAAGAGCAUCAUAUUGAGGAAUCAAAAGGAACUCUCCAAUUUGCAAGCAGGGCCAACCGCAUCACCAACUGUGCUCAAGUCAAUGAGAUCUUGACUGAUGCUGCUUUGUUGAAACGCCAAAAAUCAGAGAUAGAAGAGCUACGUAUGAAGCUCGAGGGAUCCCAUGCUGAAGUGUUGGAACAAGAGAUACUAAAGUUAAGCAAUCAGAUGCUUAAGGCUAAAGACACAACUGGAAGAAGAGAGAAGAAAACAGAAGGAGCAGGAGCAAUGCAUCAAGGAUUAACAGACUUUGUUAGUUUAAGAAGGAAGCCAGAUGGGCGAUGCAAUGUCAGUGAUAGCAGCGAUGUUCUUGGGACUCCUUUCUUUAAAUCAGCUGAACGUUCCUUUGUGGUUGCUCGGUCAAAUUAUUCAGGACUGUCUGAUUUUAGUCCGAUGGUUGAUUCACUGGGGGACGUGGCCGACGAAGACACUUGGACAAAACUAAACAAGGUUUUGUCGCAGACCUUGAUCAACUCCAGUUUACACCUGCAUAUAAAAGGCAAACCACUCCAUUUACUGCUGCAACCGCGGUGA